GUCAUAGUGGACGGACUCAUACGUAGCAACUUGCAAACUCCCUAAGUACCAACAAGCUACUAAUUGUUUAGCAAGAACAACUACUGACGACAACUAACAACGUCCCCGACUCCCGGUAGUCGGUAUAUACUUAAUAGUAUAAUUUUAAUUUAUACUAUGUUUAGUUCCAACGUUUCUCGCAGCGUUAGUAUUUAUAAUAUAUAGUGUCUUUAGAAGUUACUAUUAUAUAGUAUUGUAGAGUAUUAGUGUGGUUACUGGUUAAUAUUUUAAUAACGACUAACUAAUUGAUCGUUGAUCCAUACACAUCACACAUGUAUUGAUCUACGUAACUACAAACUUCUCAUUAUGACGAAUCUCGUGCAACUUUAAUAUUAUUUUUAUUUAAUCUCAGUUUGCUUUCUAUAAUACAGUUUUUAACAUUAAAAUUAAAAUGUAUUCAUUUUUAUUAAAAUUGAGUGUAAUUACUGGCUUGUUCAUCACUGUCUGUGCAAAGUCUAUUCGUGAAGUUGGUUUGCAUGAAGAAUUUCUCGAUGAACGAUAUUACAAUACUACUGAAAUAGCUAAUCUACUUUAUAAAAUUGAAAAACAAAAUCCAAUGAUAGCCAGAGUACAUGAAAUCGGUGAAUCAUCAUUGGGUCAGAGUAUUUUAGCCAUUGAAAUAACAUCUAAUAUUGGACAAAGUAGAAGAAUUCUGAAGCCAAUGUUUAAGUACAUAGCUAAUAUGCAUGGAGAUGAAACUGUUGGCUUGCAAUUGUUAUUGUAUUUAGCUCAAUAUUUGACAUCGCUUUAUGGUUCAGAUGAUCGUGUAUCUAGAAUUGUGGAUACGACUGAUAUAUUCCUGAUGCCUACACUUAACCCAGAUGGUUAUUCUGCUUCACAGGAAGGUGAUUGUAAUUCUCAAAAAGGCUAUGCUGGUCGAAAUAAUGCAAAAGGUGUAGAUUUGAACAGAAAUUUUCCACAAAUAGAUAAAAAGUCUUUUAACAUGCAACAACCAGAAACCAGAGCAGUUAUAGAAUGGAUUCUUAAUAACCCAUUUGUGUUGUCAGCAAAUUUUCAUGGUGGUGCUGUUGUAGCCAGCUAUCCUUUUGACAAGUAUUAUUAUAGAAAUAUUUCUCAGGGAGGCAAAACACCAGAUGAUGCUUUGUUUAGAUAUUUGUCAAUAAAAUAUGCCUCGAAAAAUCCUAAAAUGGCUAAUGGGUCGGCUUGUCAAGAAGAACAUUUUAAAAACGGUAUUACAAAUGGUGCUGAGUGGUAUGAACUUGAAGGUGGAAUGCAAGAUUUUAACUACAUAUAUUCAAACUGUUUUGAAAUUACAAUCGAACUUACCUGCUGUAAAUUUCCAUCUCCAUCUGUGCUGACUAAAGAAUGGGAAUAUAACCGUGAAUCUUUGUUAACUUAUAUGGAGAGUGUUCAUAUGGGAAUUAAAGGAUUGGUUCAAGAUGAAAAUAAUAACCCAAUUCCAGGAGCUACAAUACAUAUUGUAGGCAUAAAUCAUACUGUAAAAACUACAAAUAGAGGUGAAUAUUGGAGACUAUUACUUCCUGGUAUAUAUACUAUUUCAGCCAAUGCUCCUGGUUACAAUGCAUCAGUGUAUCGAAAUAUUUUAGUGAAGAAUGAUACUCUACGUUCUACAACUGUCAACUUUACACUCCAUACAUUAAAACAAUCGUCAGCUGUCGAUUUGAGUACGAUAGAGAUGAAGCACGGACAGAGAGACGGUGAUGGUUUCCCUAUUCCCGUAGCGUUCGUGCACCACAAUUACGAUCGUCUUGUAUCCGCGUUGAACUUGAUUAACGUCAACUAUCCAAACAUCACCAGAUUAUACACCGUGGGCAAAAGUGUGCAAGGGAGAGACUUGUACGUGCUCGAAGUGUCCACGAGUCCCGGACGACACGAAUCUGGCAAACCGGAGUUCAAGUACGUGGCCAAUAUGCACGGGAACGAAGUGAUCGGUCGGGAAAUGUUGCUGUUGCUUGCGCAGUACUUGUGCCAGAACUACGGUAUAGACCAACGCGUCACCAGGUUGGUUGACGGAGUGCGGAUACAUCUGAUGCCGACGAUGAACCCGGAUGGAUACGAAAUAUCCACUCAAGGAAUCGAAGACGUUAACGACGUGGUUGGCCGCGACAACGCAAACAGUGUUGACUUGAAUCGAAAUUUUCCGGACAAUAGACAUUCCUUGCACUUAUCAAAACAAGAACCGGAAACCAAAGCAAUCAUCGAAUGGAUCAAAAGCAUUCCGUUCGUUUUGAGUGCCAACCUACACGGCGGAGCUCUUGUGGCCAAUUACCCUUUCGACAGCAGCGUGAUCGACGGUAAUUCCAAUCCGCAGGCUUCGUAUACCCCCGACAACGAUGUAUUUGUGCUACUAGCCAAAACAUAUUCUAUGAAUCAUCCGAAAAUGCAUUUGGAUAGCAACAAGUGCGCAAACGAUACGACGUCGUUCAGGGACGGGAUAGUCAACGGUGCCUCGUGGUACAGCGUGGUUGGCGGCAUGCAAGACUUCAACUACUUAAACACGAAUUGCUUCGAACUCACAUUCGAGCUGGGCUGCACCAAGUUUCCAUUUCAGAGAGAUUUGGAAGGUUACUGGCUGGACAAUCGCGAGUCGCUGCUCACUUUCAUGGAACAAGUGAACAGGGGUGUGAAGGGAUUCGUGCUGGACGACAAAGGGCAUGGUGUGCGCAACGCGGACAUAUCGGUCGUGGGCAUUGAACAUCCCGUGAAAUCGGCAAGCGAUGGCGAUUACUGGCGGAUAUUGGUGCCGGGAGACUAUGAAAUAUCAGUGACAGCAUAUGGGUAUAAAAGGAAGACUCAGUCCAUCCACGUGUACAACUCCACGACACCCACUUGGUUGAACUUUACGUUGCUCAAGGAAAACCUCGAUGAAUGGUCUCAAGUCAACGAUUUUGGUUUGAGAUCGAACGUGAUUAAGAUGAACAAUUACAAUACGAGAGCAUUGUUUCUGAGUAAUCUUAAAGAAUUGGAAAAUAGUUUGUCAAAUGUAGCCGAAUUAGUUCCGACACCUAGUUCUUUAGACCACAGUUCAGCGGAAACAAUUCAAUUUAAGGUCACUGAAAAUGUGGGGUCGCCCGACGAAUUCAAGUUCAAAAUUGCUAUUUUGGGUGGACUGUACGUCAAUGAACCUGCUACUCGUGAGAUAUUAUUAUUUUUGGCUAGACAUUACGUCGAGGGUUACAGAAAAAAGGACAAGGACAUAGUUUCGUUUUUAUCAAAAGUCGUGUUACAUUUUAUACCCUACUUCGAACAAAAUGAGAAUUCUUAUGAAAAGAUAUGUUCGACCGACGAUCAAGCUGUAGUUACUGCACCACUAUUGAUAGCUACUAACCAACAAGAUGAGCAGAUGACCACUGAUAACUUAUGGAAAAUGUUACAACGAGAACAGUUUGAUAUGAUGUUCAGUCUGGAAGGUGGAUCUAUUUCAAUAAAGGGUCCAACAAUUCAUCCAAGGAACACAAUUUCUAUAAUACUACAGGAUUACGAAGAGUUAUAUUAUAGUAACUUAAAAAAUACUUGCGGUGAGCCGUUAGAUCGUAAAAUCAAUGAUGUUAAACAAAACGUGUUGGAUACAUUCAAUAAUGUAUUAAAAAUUAAAACUAUGGCAUUACGUUUAACCUGCUGUAACUACAUAGAUCCGUUAGAAACAGUAUUUGUUUGGAUGGAGAGUUUCCACAUGCUCAAAGUCAUCAUAGAAAACAUUCAAGGUGUUCAAGGAUCAGUUGUAGAUAAAUUAGGCAAACCUAUUCGGAAUGCAAUCGUAACAAUAAAUAUGUUUGCUGACGUUUACACAGUGACUCCUAAUUCUGCUGUUUUUAAGGCACAUUUGCCGAUAGGUUUAUAUAAUAUUCAUGUCAAGGCAACCGGAUAUUUGAUGAAAAGUAUACCGAUAAGUGUGCACCGUGGAAUUAUUACUAAUAUCAAAGUUAUCAUGUCACAUGUUGGCCAUGGGUCUGUAACUCUAGGAUUAAACGCAUUGGUUAAAGGUUCUGUUAUGGAUAUUGAAAACAGACCAAUAGAGGCUGCAAUCAUAACGGACGAUUCAUCUUCUUCAGUGGCCUCUAGUUAUCAUAAUGGGACUUAUAAAUUAUAUGUUGGAGAAGGUAUCAGAACUAUACGAGUAAAUGCUCAUGGAUAUUACACUUCCAUAAAAUCAAUAAAUAUUCAAGACGACAAACCUCAGACAGUGAUUUUUAAAUUAAUUAAAGACGAAAGAGUUUUUAAUAUGCCAAGGUUGAUGUUUAUAGUCCUUACAGUUUUUAUAAUCUCCAUUAUUGGAGUAAGUUGGUAUCAUUUCUACCUUAGAUGGAAAACUGGAAGACCGUCAUCAUUCGCCUAUAGAAAUGGUUUUGCAUUGCUGCCACAAAAACCUUAUCUUUUUGAUGACGAUGAUGAAGUGGAACUAUUUCGCAACCCAGUCAUUAAAGAUUCAGUGACUAGGCCAUACCACGAUGAUUCAGACAUAAGUUUCACAGAUAGUUCAGAAGAAUCAGUAUCUUGUUAUGUUCGGUAAUCAUUUAAAACUCACUAUAUUUUAUUGUAAAUUUAAGAACAUGUCCAAUGUGCUAUACUUUGAGGGGGCCAAGUCAAAAUUUUGAAUUUCCAUUGUAUACUUAUCAGCAAAACCAUGCGCUUGACAUGUUGUAAUGGGAAAUCUAUGUUUUGUUAAGUAACACCAGUAGUGGAAUCCUUAAUUAUUCAAAAUUUAAGGCCUAUUAAUUAUUAUUAUACUGACCUUUUAGUAAGCGACAUU